AUGUCCCACGGUAUCUGGAUCUCUGAUAUAUCUUGCCCUUCUCCAACCUCUUCAGAGUCCUCUUUCGACGAAGAUGAAGUUAACUAUCGAGUAAAACCGUACUGGUCUCAGUAUCGUAGCAUUUUGAAACACCGUGGUUUUCAUCUCGAGACUGUUCGCGAUGUGCAGGACUACUACACGUUUAUUGGUAUGCCUAAAAGAGCAGAACGGCUUAAAGAACUCGAAGAAGACAUACUAUAUCCUGACGCUGGUUUACCAGACAACCUCUUUCGAGGCAUCAGAAUAGUAGAUGGAACCAAGGUCAUGGUUAAAGCUGUACAUCGAGAGAGUCGGGAGCUCGACAUCAUUCGAUUCCUAUCUUCACCAGCAAUGAGACGACAACCAAUGAAUCACUGCAUUCCGGUUCUCGAUUUAAUAGAUGUCCCAGAAGACGAUAUAGCUUUUAUUGUCAUGGAACAGUGGUCCUCUCAUCUAGUUAUCAAUGACGCUCCGUGCUGUCUACAAUUAUUUCUCUCCGCCGUACGCCAAUGCAUUGAACAUUGUCUCUUUAUGCACAUGCACCAAAUAGCCCAUCUCGACAUCUCUAUACGAAAUGUGCUCACCGACCACCAAGGCCACUAUGCCUAUAUAGACUUUGAACUCAGUCGCAGGUUCGAUGCGAGUGAUGCCAGAGUGUCUGGAAGAAGAGGAACAGAAUUGCCUCCGGAAUGCGGACAUGAAGCGUUCUACGACCCCUAUAAAGUCGAUGUGUGGGCUUUGGCAAUUCUCAUUUUACGUGCAUGCAAGCUCACUGGGUUUUGUAUACCUGAACUCAUUGAACUUGUCAAGCCCAUGUUGUAUGACGACCCAGCUCAACGCCCAUCCAUGGAACUCAUAAUGCAUGCCUUUAACCAUAUGACCUCUUCUAUUUCUCCGCAAAGGCUAUUGAUGAUACCUCACUUCUGCUAA